AUGGCUAUACCGGAUGCUAUUCAGACGCUGUCUGCUGCUUUCUCAUUUGGUAUUCUUCUGCAGGCAGCAACAGGCGCAUUACUUAUAUAUGCUAGGGGUCAUGGUUCAAAUAUCUUCAAGGACGGCCGGAGGCUGGUCCUCGUUCUGUUCUUGUUGUUUUCUGUUCUAUGGGUACAGAUUGGUUUUCUAGAGCUCUUAAUGCCGACGACGGGUAUUGGAGUUUGUCAGGUUGGGUUAAUAUUUACAACAGGCUUCGAUCAGUUGGCAAGGGUGGCAAUCGAACAAUUUUUGUUGUGGUCGAUUGGGCAUGGGACGAAGAUCACCGUCAUUCGAGUUAUCUUGCAAGGACUAUUGGUUGUUCGAUUGGUUGUGGGAGGCGUCUUGGUCGGAAUCACUCGCCCUCAGUUUUCACCUACAUGUGUCGCCGAAACCUCGAUAAUACCCGUGGCAAUUAUAGUUCUAGUUAUGGACCUUAUCAUUGCUGGAGCUUUGCUCGUCCAGGCCGGCUCUUUGGGAAUGUUUGGGGAUCGACGUGAAGAUCGAAAAGUACAGAGUCGAGCUCUAUUGCUUGUCAUUGCAGGUUUCGCGGUUUGGACAGGAACCAGUGUACCCAUGAUUCUUGGUAUACCUAGUAUCGUCUUGAUCGUACGGACCGUCGUACCAGCAAAUGGUCUCCUUGUGCUCGUUGGCAUAGUUACUAUAUUUCCGGUGGCAUUGUUGUCGCCGAAGCAAGAGGAUUCUGUAACCGCUGGUGCAAAAUCUCCAUUCUCUACCAGCCCGAUGGCAUCAUCUCGAGGCAUAUUUCAAAAUGGUAUAGGAGCUGAAGGAUCCCCAAUAAUUGGUCGUACUGGCACUGAAAAUCAACUCUUUGUAGUCAAUCCUUCCUCAACACCACCUCAAAGAGAUGUACGGGGCUUCACGAAACUUGACGACGAUGGAGAUUCAGGGACAACACAAGUUCCAGGUGGUGUAUUCCCCGCCAUUUUUGCUGCAUCAUCACUGGCUUCGGGCCAAGCAGCAUCUAAUUCAGCCUCCUCUAAACGCCCAAAAGUAUCCGUUCGAGGUCUUGCUAUCUCGAAACCUAUAGUCGCUGAUGAAACGGAUCCUAAUACACCUUUUGCCAAGAUAGCCACGAUAGAUCUUAAGACUGCUGUAAUGAACGAUCGCGAGCGAAGAGAAAUGACCAGCAAAAAGUCCCCAUUCAAUACUCCGAGAGCAGUUCCUCUACGACCAAGAAUUUCGCCAGAAGAAAUGUUAAACAAAGCCAAUGAAUCUGCAAGGAAAGGGCCAUCAUAUCAAUCCAAAGAGUGGACGGCGGAUUCUGGACUUUCCACUUCUGCAUUACUUUCUCCUGCACAGGAAGUGCGACGUCGGUCACCGCGAGGAAUUAAUAAUUUAGAAACCUUGGAGGAGAAGCAGACUUAUAGACCUAUCGUCGGAUUAUCAUCUGUGCCUAGAGCUCAGAAUUCAAUGCCACCCCGACAGAAUGCUGUACAGCCAGAAACAGUUAUGUUAAUGAAUGACAUAAUUUAUGAUAAUCCCACAAUAGUACAGUCGAUUAUCAGCAGAACCCCUGGCCAUUCCAAACAAAAGUCCUUGCAGGAACUUUCACCCUUGACUCCUUAUACUUCGACGUUCCGACCACGGGAGUCUGUAAUUGACAGAGCGAGACCUAUUCCCAGGCACAAAAAUACUGGCAUGUUUGGAAAUGAGCCCCUGCCAGGCCACAGGCGUACCAAAUCAGGCUCUUCAAUCUUUAGCCGGAAAUCUCUCUUCACUGUUCCAGAUGAUGCACCAGAGCUGCCUCCACUUCCACCAAAGCCACAUCCAGUGUAUACUGCUGCCGAACUAAAGAAAAUUUUACCUAAUGAUACCAAAAGUAUGACACUUAACGAGAAGAUAGAGUUCCUAUUUCCAGCUCCGCCAGAAGCCAGUUUGCUCAACAAUCGCCGGUCGUCUGUUCCAGAUCUUCCCAGUAUGGCUAGUCAAUCAGCUAUUGAGGACGAGACAGAUUUCCAAUACAAUCCUAUUUCCAAACGGACGACAAUCAUCGCAGCAGUUAGUCCGCAAGUUUAUCCAACACAACAGGAUUCGGUAGAAGCAAAUCUCAAUCGCGAAACGUAUCGUUCAAAUGCGUUAGGAAGUCCGUCAAAAACGUUGGUGCCAAGUCGGAUCUAUAGCGACGCAAGCAUUCUCAAAUCGCAGAGCGAAACCAUAUCAAGUAGCUCUCGUAGUGAGAACGCCCAUGCGUCGACUCCUUUGGAUGAAGAUUUUUUGAGCGAGAGUAGUCCAUCAAUUGCAUCUGACACAUAUAGAAAUUCUUCGUAUUCGGCAUAUUCGCCACUGAGAAGUCAAAGGUUUACACCUGAUGUUGGGAGAUUGGAAAGAAUGGCGGAAAUUCCAGUAGAGGACGAUGAAGAUGAAGGAGAGGUCAUGGUUGUCAUGAUGGAUUCUGCCGAACAUCGAAGAUCUAUGGCGGAAUCAGCGGCAGGUGACGAUAGAGAAUCUUUCAUUUUCGAUAUCAAUGGUUUACCCAUUGAAGCAACACACUCUCUCCCCACAUGGCAUCGACGUAUCGGCGAUGAACUGCCUGCAUUUUCUGAUCGAAGAUCAAAGCAUGGAUCCCGGAAAAUUUCACCUCCGACUGCUUUACAGUUGGAGCCACCACGUGGAAGAGCAUCUCCAAUUCUCAUUCGUAACGCAGAAGCAUCUCCAUUAUUAGACUCACCAGGAAGGGCACUUCAAGAGAUUCAAGACCAAUUGAAUCGCAUUGAAGAACCAAGACGUCCAUCGUUGGGAUCGAUUCUACGUCGUAUGCCAGCUACAGAAGAGAUCGAAAACCUUGACUAUGACGAGGGUAUGGAGAGGUUACGAUUACUUGAAAAUCUCGAAAGGGAAAUGGGCGAGCAAGAAAAUGAUUGGCAACAGAUGCAUCAAAAUUUCAGUCCAGACUCUGAUUCGUCAAUUGGUUCUCUUGCUACGCCAGAAUUCCAAGAGUCCCCCAAACUUAGAAGAUCGACCAUGGAGACAGCCGAUCCAAAGAGAUUAUCGUUGGGAUUACGCCGCACUUCAUCUCGAAUCAUACGUCAACGGAUGAGAGAGAAUAUGGCUGAAACAUCUGCGGAAGAUGAGAUCAUGUCUUCCCAGGUCCAAGAGAAUCCCAGUUUGGGUGACUGGCAGCAGCGCUUAGCUAAUGCCCAAAUGUCUUACAUGGAGAAUGCACCAGCGAUCUCUCAUUCGCGAAGUAGCAGUAUAAACUUCUUGUCGGUGUCCAAGGCACCAAUGGGAAGCCCUGCUCCACUCGAAACCGGGCCAGAGACCGAGUCGGAAAGCGAAUAUGAAAGCGAGGAAGAAACGAUGGAUGAUGAACCGCUAGUUGCUUCGCCAUAUCACCCAAAUUUGUUGUGGCAGCCAGCACUGCACUCACCUGAAUUAGAUACCUCGUCACUCUGGAGCCCUGUUCAUGACAAGGCCUCCCUAGAACUCAGUCAAUCUCCUGAGCUUCCAGCAAAGUAUUUACGUCCCGCACAGCGUAUAUGCGAUGUUGAAAUGGUACUCAGUAGCAGUAAUUUAUGGUCUAAAUCAUCUCUGAACAUGCAACCCAGCAGUGGUUCAGCACAAACGCUGUGGGGAUCCACAUCAGUCCAAGAAGUUGCUGUUAAGGCUCGCCCGGUGACUCAAAGACCCCCUAGACGAUCCAGGCGUAUCACGCUUUUAGCAGACAUUGUCGAAAAUCCCGAACCUCUCCCUAACAAACGCGACACAUUAGGAAUAUUUCAAUUUCCAUGGGGCGAGCGAUCUGACAUAGCUAUACCACAGCAAACUUACAAUGCAUCGUUCCAGGCUGGUCCACCACUGAACGCGAUGCUCGACUCGAGGUCCCAUCAAUUGAAAUCUGAUGGACUGGAAUAUUCAUCCACAUCUUUCUUUGAUUACGACGAGGAAGAGGAGUUUGACUCCGAGAUGGAAACUGAAAGUGACGAUGAUUUCGACGAGACCACUCUCUGGGAAAUUGCAAGCAUGCUCAAGACUACUGACCUUCCUUCAAAGGAUAGCUUAUUGCCGCCACCAAAGUCUUCCCAGAAUAUCGUUGAUGAUUAUGAUGAUUAUGAGACGAGCUCCGAGACUGAUUUUAGCUCGGAGAAUGAAGAUUAUGAGGAGUUCAAUAGUGAGUAUUAUGGAGACUACAAUGAGGCUCGAAACUCGACCAUCAUAUUUUCUCAGGAAGAUAUUAUGAACUCUGAGGAUAUGGUUAUUUCUCAUGUAGCAUCACCACUCGUCGUAUUGGAUGAACAGAGCUCCCAAGAAUUGUUCGAGUUCUCGGGUGAUUCUUCCAGGUCUCUGGUUGAAGACUCGCUACUUUGGGAUCAUACCCCGUCACCGAGCACCAAGGGAUUCGAGUAUGGCUUACCUCAACCAACUUCGGAUGUCUGGCAAUCUUAUAUCCCAUCAUCGCAAGACACUAUUCGAACAAAAUCUCAACCGUCGCUAUCGGUACCUGAAAUUUCGAACCACAGUCUUUGGAAUGAGGAAGAUAGUGAUAUUUCUGAGGAACCAGAGUCUGAUCUGGAGCUUUGCUUCGAAAUUCAAUCGCCGCCCACCACUAUCAGAAGUCUUAUGUGGACUCCUCCAGUUGCUUCUUUUGAAGUUCCAAGUUAUGGAAUAUUCUCUGUCGAAUCCAAUCGUCAAGAUUUCCGCACAACUACACAAGCACCGGCUGCAAGCGAUAUCAAGAAGGUCCAGCGGGCAAACUCAUCUACGCUUUCGGCACUUUCUUCCGAUAAGUUGUGGUCAAUCGAAGAACUUGUGCCACGCACAGGCGAGAACUGGAUUUUAAAAAGUACGAUUAAACCAGCUUCAUUGACAGUUGCCGCUAGCCGCUCUUUCAUGUGGACUCCAAAUCCGGUCGUUGCUGGUGAGAUCAUUGAAGGUCUGUUUCAACCAAGAUCAUCUCGAACCAAUUAUCGCACGACUGAGCUAGAGCCAGCUGCAUUGAUUUCGACAUCCAAAGCAAGAAGUGUACCGGGAAGCCUUUCAAACUUGGUAUCCCAUAAGCUUUGGCGUCAACCAUGCUUAUUGCACCUAAAGCGUGAUCAUGAUUGGAUUUCGGAAUCUUCCAUUCGACCAGUCAGUCCGUCGAUAGCAUCCGAGACAAGUUCAGGAAGAUCUUCACCUGAUAUUUCAGAUGCAUCUUCUAUCGCUUCAACAAGUACUAAAGCAUCUUCAUUGUUCUCUUUCGCUUCCGUCUCAUUGGCUUCUGUUUCCAUGCGAAGAACUCUUUCAGCCAAGAAGAAGGAAGAAGUUAUUCCACCACCGCCACCUCCUGCUGACCCAAGCAAGUAUCAAUCCAAGCUGCCUGUUCGUCAGGUAUCUCUGAAACCAACUCCAAGAUCUCCUCCAAAAGCUUUGCCUUCAACACCACUCAGACAGUCGAAGGUUUUGUCUUCCAGAGAUAUAUUUGAGGCACGAAUUCCUCCCAAUUCAGAGAUCCCUCAAUUAUCGAAAUUCCGCAGAUCUAUGGUGCCGAUGAAACCAGCCAAACCAGCUCACAGAGCUAUUAGACAUCAAUACAGAUCUACCGUUGCUUUCCGUGCCAACUGGGACGAUGCCUUGAACGAAGCUAUCAUUGCAGGAUUACCUAAAUCUAAGACAACAUCUGCCGAAUGGAAUCUUUCUCUAAACGAAGUUAUAACUCUUGGAACCCCACCGACUAUCGAAGAGCCCCAGACAUCUUCGGAUCUCUUAGAGUUGGACCUCAUAGAACCCAUUGCAGAAAAUACCACCGGGCCAACCUAUUCCGCUAUCUAUAAUCCCGCAAUCCUCCACCCCGUUUUCUUUACCGAGACUCUCGUCUCGGAUGUGGACACUAUUCAUCCCGCUGCUGUUGGACACACAAAGCUUCUAUGUCUCACAGCGAGCGUUGAUGAUUGGGAUCGCGCAUUGGGAAAAAUUGUGCACACAGAUACGACGCGUGUGCAACGUCCAACGGUGUUUGCUUUUAUGUGGAAAGAUGCGCUGAAAGAGGCUAUUGCUGCGGGGACUCCGAAGGAAUUAGAGAGGUCUGAUGUUGUUGUGCUUCAGAGAGAUACUGUGGUGAUGACUGAAAGUGUUCUUCCUAGCGAUGUUUCACCUCCUCGCCCAGAAUUCUCUACAGAAUCCAUGAUGUCGAGUGCCAGCGAUGUUUAUCCUGCGGCUUUGGAAUAUGUUCAAGAUUCAAGAUUCGACUCUGCUAUUCUUCACCCAGUCUUCUUCGCUGAUGUUCUCAUUUCAUCUACAAUUGACAUUCACCCUUCUUGCAUCGGGCAUUGCAUCAUCACAAGUUCUCAUCCGAUGUCCGAGUCUAGUCUCUGGGUACCCAAGUCGGCGAGUAUGACGUCAGUCGUCGAUAGUGGUCUAUGGACAGAACCAUCAAUCUUUGUUUGCGAUACUCAGCCACGAUUUGAGAUGUUAACACUCGACCAUUCUCGAAGAAUUGUUGCGCAAAAGGAUCUUGAAUUGUCUACGCUGGAAUCUUUUGAGCUUUGGCAACCAUCUUCGGUUUCACUCAUCUCAAGAAGUUGGCUACAUACUUCGAGCAAGCUUAAGGCUACCCGCAAUCUCCUAUUCCAGAAGCCUGUCGUUGAAGUUAUCGACCAGAGUGAUGCUCUGAUAUGGGAAUUAUCGACAAGAACCGUCAAGUAUAUUCCGGAUAUCUUUUCAGACUUGAAGCACGAUCAUAUCCAAAGACCUUCAAGUGCUCGUUCUUCACUUCUUCCAUCUCUGGAAUCUACAGAGCUUUAUACGGUGUCAGAAAAGAGUGAGCCUGAGAUUCACUGGCUGCGUACAUCUAUCGCUUCACCCGUCGUCGCGCAGAACAUCUCUACGAUGUGGACUGCCACUGGGUCAUCCACUCCGGACUUGUUUCCAAGUAUAAUGUAUGAGCUUAUCAAGAAAAUCUCUGCUACUCGUUCAUCUGUUCUCCCACGCCUAGAGUCCUCGGAGCUUUUCACGCCUAAGGAUAAGCCACAGCCAGAGAUUGAUUGGCUUCGUAUAUCUUCUGUGGAGCCCGUGAUCGAAGAAUUCGUUGCAAAAGCAACAGUUGACGACGACACACCACUCGCUAGAGAGGCUACGUUCGAGGAGUUGAUGGCUGAUGUAGAAAAUCUUACCGAAAAGGAAAUUGCCGAGCUGCUUGCUGCAGAUGAAUUUAUGACAGAAGAGGAUUUGGGUGACGUCUUUGUUGCAGGCGAGCCUCUAUCGCCAGCCGAGCAAUUGUGGAGCGCAUCUCCACAGAUUGCAAUGGAAGUAUCCACCGGUACGUGGAAAGUAACUCCAGUGGCUGCUGUCGCUCGUCCAGAUAUCUUUAUCAAGAGCAAUGGAUCGUAUCCUCAGAAGUCGCCAACCUCCUCUCAUGUCCAUAUGGCAAGCCUCGAAUCAUCACAGCUAUUCACACCGAGCUUCGUGUCCAAAAAUCAAAUUGACUGGCUUCACACCUCCUGCUUGGCUGACACCUCAAGUUCGAAGUCAGUAUUGACUGAAAGUCCUACUGAGACCUCAGCCGAGUUAGUCCCAUCCCCCGAACUUAUCAAUGCGAAAACUUGGUUACCUAGGCCAUCACCUGUAGCACAGGUCUCUAUCGGAGCCUUGUGGAUGCCAUCCAUAGAACAAAAUGACAAUGCGCUCCCUAUGUUCUCCAAACAAUGCGAUGGACCCUUGAUCCGCAAGAGCAGACAGGAACUUGAGAAGAAAAUCGAAAGCACCGAAUUGUGGACAAAUGAGAGAAGCACUCCGCAAAGCCCUAGACACUGGUUGUUAGGCUAA